UGGGGUUGAGUUGAAGCACUUCCAACAAAAAAAAUAUAGCGCACAGCAGCGUUGCUUUGCAAAAUGGUGAUGGGGAAGGCAGCUGCGGGGAUCGCAUUCUUUUGUCUGUUCGGGGUUUGCGACACGUUUCCCACUCCAGCUGAGCGGGAUGAGCUGAUGAGACUCGAGCAGUUCAAGAUCACAGGCGGUAACCUCGUGUCCAGCGUGAAAGAGCUUCAGGUGAAUGACAUACUCAAGAAAAUAAAAGGGGAAGAGAUCGACAGGGGAACGGCGAGCGGCAGGUUCCCCCCAUCCGUGCACUUUUUCAGUGCAAAAGAACUCAUAGACGAGAGCGCAGUCUUUAACGUGAUCAGGAAGAUGCCCAAAGGUGCUGCCUUACAUCUCCAUGAUUAUGCCUUGUUGAGCGUGGAAUGGCUGGUGAAGAAUGGCACUUACCUGCCUCAUUGUUAUGUCUGCUUCACGGCCGAGCAAGGGGUCCGCUUUCAUUUCUUCUCCAAAGGCCCAGGGGAAAGGUUGCCAGAAUGCUCCGAAUGGGUCUUGCUGGAAACAUACAGAAAGCAACUUCAUAACGUCACCGAAUUUGACAACAGUUUGCUUCAAAACUUUACACUGGUUACAGAAAACCCAGAGAAAGCCUACCCGACACAGGCUGUCAUUUGGAAGAAGUUUGAAGAGAUAUUUAUGGUUGCUGCUAGUCUCAUUUCGUAUGCUCCAGUCUUUAAAGCCUACUUUUAUCAGGCUUUGCAGGAAUUCUACGAUGAUAACGUGCAGUAUAUUGAGCUGCGGUCGUUACUAAUACCGGUAUAUGAGCUUGAUGGGACCUUGCAUGACAAGGAAUGGUCCAUUGUGUCAUACAGAGAGGUUGCCAGGCGGUUCAGACGUGAUAAUCCUGACUUCAUGGGAGCCAAAGUUAUCUUCAGUCCACAUCGGAAAUGGAAUGUUUCAAAAGUCAGAACAGAAAUGUACGCAGCUAUGGAACUGUAUGAGAAAUACCCAGAGACACUGGCUGGCUUUGACCUGGUUGGCCGAGAAGACGCAGGCCACCCACUCUGGUACUUCAAGGAUGUGCUGUUGAUCCCAGCAGAGAAGAAGGUUAAGAUGCCUUUUUUUUUCCACGCUGGUGAAACUGACUGGGAAGGUAUGAGUACAGAUGAGAACAUCCUGGAUGCCUUGAUCCUGAACACCAGUCGGAUCGGCCAUGGCUAUGGUAUAAUCAAACAUCCGAUUGCAAAGAACAUCUCCAGAGAACUAGAUGUGCCAUUGGAAAUCUGCCCCAUUUCCAACCAGGUGCUUUUGCUGCUGACUGACCUGCGGAAUCACCCGGCUGCAGUCCUGAUGGCAGAAAGUCACCCCUUGGUCAUCAGUUCGGAUGAUCCCGCCAUUUUUGGGGCUCGAGGUUUAUCGUACGACUUCUAUGAGGCUUUCAUGGGAAUCGGAGGAUCAAAGGCUGACCUCAUGACUCUGAAGCAGUUCGCCUUGAACUCCAUCAAAUACAGCGCUAUGUCUCCAGCCAUGAAAGAAGAAACCACUCGAAUCUGGCAGAAGAAGUGGGACAAGUUCUUGGAUGAAGUUCUACAUAUGUUGAAGAGGGAUGAGCUGUGAGGAUCCCCCAGGGCUUUCACACAUGGGAAACGCCAACUGCUUUCAUUUGGCCUGAACUUUUAUCUGCUUGAAUUAGAAGCUUUGCUCCCCAAUCUGGACUUUAACUUUAACAAGAUGCACAUCUGGAUCUGAGCUCCACUUUGCUGGAAGCAAACUGAUAUUACCUCCAGGAGUAAAAGGGUUAGGAGCAGGCGACUAGUUUCAUGCUCCUCACUCCUAAUGCUGACUGAGCUGAGCUCCACACUUCUCUCUUAUCUGGUGUUAUCGGGUCAGGCGUAUGACUUGAAAUUUUUUUAUGCACCAUAUGUAAAUAAAAGGAUAAAAUGCAGCAUGUGUAAGCACAAGCGUAUAAUGCAUCAUGUGAAGCACAACCAAAGGUUAGAAAGUAGCAGCAUAGUUGGACAAGGCCAUAAAGAGUGCAAAUCGAGUUCAGAGGAAUAGAUUACAAAAGUAAGGAAGUAAUGUUACAUUUAUAUGGUUAGUCCUCAUUUUGAGUACCUUACAGGAUAUUGUAACAAUGGAGAGGGUUCCGCAUGGAUUUAUGAGGGAUGAGUGGAUAGAGCAAACAAGAAAGAUUGGCCAGGUUACAGUUUUUUCUCUGGCAAUGAGACAAUUGAGAGGGGACCUGUUAGAGGUGCUUACGAUUAUGAAAAGGUUCAGUAAGGUGGACAUAAGUAGGUUGUUUCCUCUUGUUAGGGAGUCCAUAACAAAGAGAACAUAAAUGUAACAUUUUAUAAGAUUAUAGUCAACAGAUCUGAAAGGGAGUUUAGGCAGAACCUUUACACAAAGGCUGGUGAAAAUAUAGAACUCACUGUCAGAAACUGGCUGAAGCAGAAAGCGUUGAUGAAUUUAGGAGUAAACUCAAUACAUACAUGAAGGAGAAGGGAAAGAGUGGUAUAGGAGGCGGAAAGGGAAGUGGGACAAGGAGAUGUGAAUACUUGUGUGGAGUAUAAACACCAGUGUGCGUUAUUUGGGCUGAAUAGCCUGUUUCAAUGCUGUAAAAUCUAUGUAAUUGUUUUAUAUACCUAUGCGGUUUUAACUGAUUAUAAUUCCAGCAGUACAUGCUGGAGAUCCCAAACUUUGGCUGUUUCCAGCCCUGUGCGUAUUACUUUCUGGGUUUAGGUAAGCAGGAUGUGUUCCUCCAGGGAGAGAGUGUGCAUUCCUUUCCAAUACAUGCCAUUUCCAAAUCAAUAUAUAGGUGGGAUGGAUGGAAUUCUCAGUUUGGUUUGGAUACUCUUAAGCAUGGUGAGGGUUUCUGCAUGUGUCGGACACCUGGCUGGCUCAAAAAAAAACUACUGAGGGAAUUAAAUCCUUUUCAUUGGCUGUUAAUAUUUAAGGGACCCUGUAAUUCCUUGGUACACAUGGACUCUCACAUUGUGCAUAAUACACUUGUGUUUACACAUGCUCCACACGUGGUUUAUACGUGGCGCAGAAUACAUCUCAUUGUCUCAUUAAUGGCAAUUUAAACAGUCCCUUUGAAGUUAAAGAUACCCCUUUGUUCAGUGCUGUCAAUGGGAGAACUUUUGGAGAAGGAUUUGCUUUCAUGUCCGGCUCCUUUACCCUGGUUUGUACAACAUUUAUGUGAUGAAUUGACUCAGAAGUAAAUAAGUGAUGUGUCCUCACAGUACAGACUUUGACUUUGUGCAUAUAUAUGUGUGUGUAUCUAUAGACAGUUCAUAAAAGAGUUGUGCAGCACCUGUCCUCAACUAUCAGCUUUAUGAAUAGAAUAAAUGUGAAGAUAAUGAAA